GGAGCUUGCUUACGUAUAACUCCACAAAAUGUUGCUCAAAAGAGGUGGAGGAGGAGGUAGAAUCAUCUUGGCCACGGCAUAUCCCGAGGCGAAGCCGUUCAAAAUUUGUUUCCGCCUCUCCAAGGAACAGAUAGAAAAGCAGACUGUCUAUGUCGAGACCCAAACGGCGAACGUCCCCCGAUCGGUAGCCGUGGAAACGUUCUGAAAGAUGACGAUAAAGAUUGGCUCGGCAAUAAGCCAUAUUUUAAAAAGGUUGAGCAGGUGAUGAAGGGGGUUAUGGAUCGUGACAAGCAAGCCAACAUCCUAAUGUUCGUCCCGGAAAUGCUUUUCUACCAGACACGUCACUGGGAAAGAUUCGCGGCGGAUAACAAGUUCCAAUACCUCACCAUACAGGAUGGCGACGCUAGGGAAGCUAACGAUCGAGCGCGAGGUGCUUGCGUAAUCGUGGCCGAGCUCGACUUCGAGUCUAGGAUACCUAUUCAAGGCAUUACGGAUGUCGUUUCCCCCGCAUUCCGUCCCAUCAUGCGCUACGACGAAGACGUGCGUAAGGAACUCAAAACCCCUGAGGCGCUUUCGAAAUGGCAGCUCGACUUUAUAAAGAGCCAUUUAGACCCGGAUUCUCUGACCCCGAAGAUUCACUACGUGUGUCCUCGUCAAGCUAAGGAUACGCUGUCAGGAAAUUUCGACCCGGCCUUUCUCAACGGUGAUUGUGUCGAUUACUGGAUAGGGUUGAUGGGACGGAUGAGCGCGGAGAAGACUUGCGGUGACGAUUCUCCCAUUCGUUACAUUGUUCCGCUUGCGAAACUUCACCGGGUAGUCGAUGAGCUCCAAAACGGGCUCCUACUUUUAGGAAUAAAACCUACAAAGUUCAACACGGACAGGCGUGAGUUAGUAUUGAAUUUGAUGGACCGGACCGGUCUCGACUGCCGCGCCGCCGUAUUUCUUCAUGACCUACGGGAGCACGUCGAUGGCGAUUCGUCGGAGGAGCAAAAAAAGCGAAGAGACUUUCUUCUCGUCGGAAUCCUGGUUGUCGUCUUCGAUCGCGCGCCUGUGCUCCGUCGGCUUUCUUUCAAACUUACCGCCCACUUGCGUGAUCUGAAGCUGGGGCACGACUCUAUUCUCCAGUACCAUAGUAGCGACUCCUGGAUCAAUGCCGUAUUCUGGAUGUUAUGGGCGAAGAAGGCUGAACAGGAAGGCAUGAAUUCCUUCGAUGCCAUACAGGAACACAACUGGCGUGUCAUUGAAGAGAAUUUCACACAGGCCGAAGCCAAGGUCAAAUCCCUCGCAAGUAAGAUCUUAGGUAAUUGCUCCUUUGUGGAGAGAGCGAAAGAUGGUUCGCUCUUGGGGCAGAUCAAAUCUUGGUUGGCCGAGGGCGACGAAAUGAAACCUGCCUUCGAAUACCUCCAUGCUUACAUGUACAACCUAUUGUAUUUGAAGCGUGAUGACUUUGAGGCCCAGAACUACUGUUACGGUACCGAUAUCUCCAGCGGACGAAGAAUACUUGUCGACCCGAGGAAGGGAGUGGUGAACCUCGAAUCCGAGCUUAAGUAUGCGGCUUCUCAGGGUAAUAAUGGCAUCCACGCAUGCGUGUCAUCCUACCGCUCCUCGGAUGAAAAACGGGAAGUCGAAGGAGUAGGUCUAACCAUAGUUUCUCCAGUCGUUGUUCAAAGCCUGUUGAAAGAUAUAAGAGGGCCAUCGAACCUCCACAUUCGCUUGAGCCUGAAGUAG